AUGGCAGAAAUCAGCGAGAUCCCCUCCUCUCGCGCGCGCUUUGCGGCGCACGACACCUUGCGCUGGAAGUAUCCCUUUGCCUAUGAAACGUUGAAGGCCAAUACCUUGCAACGUGACAAGGAGCUGGGUAAACUGAAUGGUGAAGGGAAGUUGGAUGGGGAGCGCUCCAUCCGCAUGCAACGCAUCGUCGAUGCGCGCGGAACCGCGCCGCGCGGUCCGUCGGAGGCGCCAAAGGCGGCGCCGGCGCCGGGCCUCGCGGUGCUGACGCGACCAGUGAGCAUGAGCCGCUUGGAAGAUACCUUGCGGAAGCAGCUGCGACGCAGCCGCAGCGAUCUUCAUCCCGGAUGUUUGCUGGAUGGGGUGAAGAAGGAGAUGUGUCAGUGCGCCAGGAUGACGGAGGCGCAGUUCAAGGCCAUUGCGCAGAAGUUGCUUUCGGAGCAGGUUUCCUAUCGAUCUUGGUUCUUUGCCCAGCUGAGCAGGUCGAAGUAUGCCCGGUUUGCCUGUCCGGAGGACUUGGUGUACCUUCCCAAGAAGAUCGCCCAGGCUUUGGGAGGCCUGCCGCCGCUGAUGCUGUGCACCAAAGCCGCGGCACAUCUCGGUUUGGUGGAUCCAGCGUCCAUGCGUUCGCUGGAGGUGCCUGCCACGGAGUACUGGAGGAAACCGUUCCACUCCGUGGCCGUGCCGUCCAAGAUGACAGAGUUCAUCGUCUUGGACGUGGACGAGGACGUGGGCCAUGCUGCUCCAGGGUCACGAGGCGCAUCAUGA